CUUUGUUGAUGCGCAUGGCUAUCAUUAGCAGCUGUCACAUCUGUGUUUUCAUAGUACUGCUUACCUAAUCUAUGUGAAGCCUUGGCGCCUUCCAAUAAAGUGGGUUCAGAUAAAUAAUGAAACCUUCAAAACAGUCCCAGGACUUCGAUCCCUAGAAGCUCGUGAUGAGAAACAGUGUCUAGGAUGCGCAUGAUACCAGGAGUACAUGCACGCGUCAUAAUUUCUGUACUGCAUCUCGACGGCAGUUACUGAACCUAGCUGCAGCUGAAAUCAACAAUGGACUCCACCGGAGCAGGGGUCUCAAACACAAUCUCUCUAUCUGAGGAUGGCGACUACGCCGCGCAAUUGAAUGGCAGAGAUCUUGUCCUCCAUCUGGACCCGGCAUCGCCUGAUUUCAAAGAGGUACAGAUCGUCAAGCUUAAGGAAAUUGCUUCAAAGUUCUUGAAGUUCUCCAGAUCCAAGCCUGUUUUACCUUCAAGCACGCACUCCUACGCAGGAGUGAGUUCCCCAGGAAGACGCGUGCUUUGUUCUAGUGAUUCACGGAUCCUGGUCUGGCAAUUGGACCCGUUGCAAUUGCUCGCAGAAAUCGAAAGCAUUGAGCCUGGCGCUACAUACGUCGACUUCGGAGGCGAUGAGAACGAGGUCGUGUUCUUUCAUGCCUGGAACACGAAAAUAACAGUCUUCGGAUUGGACUCUGGUCGAAGCCAAAUCAUCAAAAGUCCCAAGUUUUCGAACAGCAAUGGCUUCGGUUACCGGCCCAAAACAAGGCAAUUUGCUGUUCUUCUGAAGCCGGAUGCAGUUGAUCUAUUGACCAUUCACGAAUUUCGAUCUUACGAGCUCAUAGGCCGAGCAGUCUUGCCUACAAUAGACGCUCAGGGCCUCAAAUGGAGUCCGGACGGGAGAUGGAUAGCCGUGUGGGAUGCUGCGAGUGCGGGCACCAGAGUCCUCAUUUUCACGGCUGAUGGGCAGCUCUUCAGAACGUAUAGUGGCCCCUCGGGCAUCGAUAGUUCGCUCGACCUCGGCGUUAGAGGGAUAGAGUGGAGCCCUGUUACAGGGCAACGCGGUGUGUCAGAGCUUCUGGUUGUUGGAAAGGUCGAUGGGACUGUUGACAUUCUCAAGACACGAACAUUUUCCUGUUCUAUCACACUGUCCCAUGUCUUUCAGAUAGAGCAGAAUUCCCCCAGUGUCUGGCGGGAACGCUAUGCAGCUGACGGAGACCUUGAAUAUGCUGAAGCAUCGAGCUCCUCUGCGUUCGGUAUGCCAGUCGAGCCAUCCGGGGCGCCCCGGGGAGUGUCGAUCAUGGCCUUUAGCGCCAGCGGGACUCUUCUGGGCACCGUCGAUCCGACGCGACCAAACAUUGUCUGGAUAUGGGAUUUGGAGAGCACCCCAGUCCUGUUGUCGGCGCUAGUCCACGAACAUACUGUUAGACAGGUCGUGUGGCACCAUUCCAAGACGCAAUUACUUAUAACCACAGCGAAUACCGCCUACGCUGCUGUUCGGUACUGGUCGCCGUAUAGCCAGCCGUUAGUUACGCGCAUCCCCGUCCCGCGAAGCGAAACCGGACGAUACGAGGUGCGAUGGCUGUCUUUCGAUGAGGAUGAUGAUUCGAAGUUCUGGUUUGGAACCCCGGACGACUUUGUACUUGGUCACCUUGAGAGUGUCGAAGAUGCGCCACAAUUCAAGGUUACCACUACCAUUAAUGGUAAAGUCAAGGGAAGUAGCUACGGACCUAGUACGAGCAGAUGAGUUCGCCGACGAGGAGUGCCACAAAGCGCAUUUAUCCGGCUGAAUGAUCAUAUUGCCAGCUGGUCCUCUAUACUACUAUACACCCAAUGGCAUCAAAGCCGGGUAUGCUUUUACGAGGGAGAUUUCAUGAGGGAAACCCUAUAACGAACUGAUACAAUACCUGUGUACAUAGCGG